AAUGAAAAGCCUAAUUUUCAAUGGACCCACAUUCAGUUUAAAGUAAAUGAAUUAGUUCUGCAGCCCACAUUUUAGAUUUUUUUGGUGCCAAAAUAUUGCCAUACUUUGCUCCCCCAAGUAAAUCUAGUCUGCAUCUCUACAUGAACCUCUGUGGUAAAAUGUGGACUUAUUCGCCUAAAGUACAUUUUGUGAUGACUGAAACUGGUUAAUUUUAGUGUCUAUGUAACCGAAGGGUAUAACUGCUGGAAGAAAUUACUUCAAUAUUUUUCCAAAAGCAUCUAACAACUUGGUAAUUCUGUUUGUUUCAAGGGAAAACAAUUACAGGAGUCUUAACGUCCAAUUCAAUCGAAUGUAAUUCCGUCAUCUGGCCAGCAGAUGUCGCUAGCGAAAAUGCAAAACUUUACGUUUGACCUAAAAAUCGAGUUGUUUUUUUCUUCAAGCAAGCAAUUAGACGACCAUGAGCUUCACAGAAGAACGUUUACUGGUGAGUUUAGCUCAGUAUUUAAUGUUCCGGUCCGGUUCUGUUAACUUAAUGAGCCGUUGGUCCUAAAACAGAGAUCCAGGCAGACCCUCCUGCCCCCCAUCUCCAACAGAACCCUGCAUCACCCCUCCUUCCUCCCUCUUUACCUUCCCACACCCCUAAACCAUCACUGUCAUGGAGACGCUCAACUACGUGAGUCACUGAUCAUCUAAAUAUUUGGGUUAUAGGCAACAUUAACUCAGCUUAAUUUUUCUUCAGGUUUUCCAAUGUGUCCUGAGGAGCUUUUCUACACAGACCCCACUCUGCCAUGUGGGAAGAGGAUCUAUAAUGAGAAGGUGGUUUUUAAAUGCACCCAGCUCAACACUCCUCCCCCCAUCAUGUCCGCCUGUGUCGCCCCCCCGAACCACCCAGACCCAUUCAGGGCCGGACCACACCCCAUCUACAACCUGGGCACCCCCGACUGGAGCACAGGGAGCAUCCGACCUCGGGUCCAGCCGAGGUUUGUCAUCAUCCAGCUCAGUCAGCAGGAGGACCAGGUCAUUACCGAUCUGUUGACACUGCACCACCAGGAGGCGCCCCAAAGCAAGGAAUGUAUCUCUGCUGCACAUAUCGCUUUCCCAGCUGCUCUAAAAUCUAAUCCCGGGGAUUUGAACACAUCCCUUGAGGAAGCAAAUAAGGUAAUCUGCACUGAUGCACCAGAGGAGGGACAGAGCUGGUCAGAUGCAGAGUAUGAAGCUGCAAACACUCUCUUGAGCAGCUUCAACCUGGUGGAUGAUUACUUGAUACCAAACAGAAUAACACCUCCUGAUCACCUGCGGUUCCAAACAUCUGAAGCAGAGCUAGAAUACCAGAGUUUGUCACCUUUAGUAACUUGUGACCGUUCAGAAAAUGGAAGCUGCAUGGAGAGGAACAGCGAAAUCAGAUCUGACACGGGUCCUUCAGAACCAGAGAAGUCCUUCCUUUCAAAGAUGGAGGGCAGGUCAGAGGAGCCGAUGCUGAUGGAUCUGGAACGGGAUGCUGUGCAGGUUCUGCUUAGUCUUGGGGAGACGCUAACAUUCAAUGACAAACACUGAAGCUCUAAAAGCUUAAGGAGCUUUUUUUUAAGUUUUUUUCCUCUUAAAACCUGAAACUCCUCAUUGGUAUUGUUUUACGCAGUUUUAUUUUAU